UACGCAGGCACGCGGCUGUCCCCGUCCGCGUGGCCUCCAACUCGACUCCUUCUUCCCCUCGUCUCCCCAACCAGAAACCUAAACAGAAUCCCAACCCACCCCCGCAGCCAAUCCCACCGGACGCCAGCCAGCCCUCCCGGAUCAGCCCCAAUCUCGACUCCUCCGCCGCCUGAAUCUGGUUCCGAGUCCAUAUUUGAGGUGCCACCAUGUUCAACAGGUUAUUUGGGAAGCCCAAGGAGCAGGCCAACGCCGGCGCGUUGGCCACUUUGGAUAAGUUAAACGAGACUCUUGAUAUGCUGGAGAAGAAAGAGAAAGUGUUAGAGAAAAAAGCAGGUGCGGAAGUAUUACAGAACUGCAGAAAUACCGUAUGUCAAUUGAAUCACUGUUUUUCAUCAGCGGCUAUCCAAUCAUUGAAGAGGAAAAAACUUUAUGAGCAGCAAAUUGAGCAGCUUGGGAAUUUCCAGUUGAGAAUCCAUGAUCAGAUGAUCAUGUUAGAAGCUGCUAAAGCUACCACAGAGACUGUUGAUGCAUUGAGGACUGGAGCUAAAGCUAUGAAAGCUAUGCAAAAAGCAACAAAUAUCGAUGAUGUCGACAAGACUAUGGACGAAAUUAAUGAACAGACAGAAAACAUGAAACAAAUACAAGAUGCUCUGUCAGCUCCUCUUGGAGCUUCUGCUGAUUUUGACGAGGAUGAACUGGAAGCGGAGCUGGAAGAGUUGGAGGGAGCAGAGUUGGAAUCUCAACUACUGGAGCCUGUUGUAACUAUUCCUAUUCAUACGACACCCGUCCCAGGCAAGGCACAACCAACUCGUCCUGCUCCACAGAAAGCAUCGGCUGAGGAGGAUGAGCUUGCUGCACUGCAAGCUGAAAUGGCAUUGUGAUCAGGCUCCCAGUGAAGAAAGAGUUGAAAUGUAUAAAUGAUUGGCUGGACGGUACGUGGUCGCAGGCGAGUCUGGCUACACAUAUAUUUGCCCGUGUGUGUAUAAUCUUGGGUGGGAGACAUUUGACGAACGAGGCAGGAAAGGCUGCUCCAGUCCAGUGUUUAUUUCUAUCUAGUUGUUUGAUUGAAGGUCUGUUUCCCGGACAUAAUUUUUGGCACGGUCAGCUCCAUUCCAGGUCGUGUGCAAUGCUCAUUGUUGUGGCACACUAUUUACUGUUGACCCGUAUUAUCUCUUGCCAUGUAUCAAGUUAUCUCAUUCCAGUGUUCGCUAAUUUGGUGUGUUGAUGAGACAGUUCUUUCCUUCUAAUUCUAUAUAUACAACUCACCA